UUUAUCAGCCGCUGGGGGUUGGGACUAGCCAGCCCGCGGAGUAGCGCUCCCUCCCUCCCUUCUUCUUCCGUCCUUCCCCCGCUAACCCUUCGCGGGUGGGGAGAAGUUAAGGCGUUAGAACAGCGUUAAAUUGUGGAGAGCGUGAGUUGCCAGGACUGGCGGGGGUGGCAUAAGGCAUCUCGCUUGCCGGGGUCUGCGAGGUAUCCUUGAGGCUGGGCCGCUAGGCUGGUCCGUCGUGGUGCUUGGUUGAAUUUCUCUCACCUGCUGGCUUCUGAAGUAUGCGGAGCUGCCUUUGCGUUGGCGGGAGGAGUCUCCGACCUCUCGUCGCCGUCUACUCCUCCCGUCUCUAGAGCCAAGCUUUGAACUUGCAGCCCUGCGACAAAGCGCCGGCACCAGAUACCCGGGCGCCGGGAGUCACCAGCCCAGUUCAAAUCUCCGUGAUUCCAAAACAGAUUUGUUGCAACGCGCUCUUGGCAGUCCUAAACAAUUGAUCUUGGUGUACCGUGUUCCUGUUGUGAUUGCAUCAUGGAAAAUCAGUUGGCUAAAUCAAGUGAAGAAAGAACAUUUCAGUACCAGGAUUCUCUUCCAUCACUGCCUGUUCCUUCACUUGAAGAAUCAUUAAAGAAAUACCUUGAAUCAGUAAAGCCAUUUGCAAAUGAAGAAGAAUAUAAGAAAACUGAAGCAAUUGUCCAAAAGUUUCAAAAUGGUAUUGGAGAAAAAUUGCAGCAGAAAUUACUUGAAAGGGCAAAAGAAAAAAGAAAUUGGCUGGAAGACUGGUGGCUGAAUGUUGCCUACCUGGAUGUUCGUAUACCAUCACAACUGCAUGUCAACUUUGGGGGUCCUGCAAGCCAUAUUGAACACUAUUGGCCUCCAAAGGAAGGCACGCAAUUGGAAAGAGGAAGUAUAAGUCUUUGGCAUAUCUUGAACUACUGGCAGCUAUUAAGGAAAGAAAAAUUGCCUGUUCAUAAAGUUGGAAAUACUCCUCUAGAUAUGAAUCAAUUCCGAAUGCUGUUCUCCACCUGCAAGGUUCCAGGAAUGACUAGAGAUUCAGUUAUUAAUUAUUUUAGGACUGAGAGUGAAGGGCAUUGCCCAAAUCACAUUGCAGUGAUGUGUCGAGGCCGAGUUUUUGUGUUCGAUGUAAUGCAUGAAGGAUGUUUGAUGACCCCACCAGAGAUUCUCAGGCAAUUGACAUACAUCCAAAAGAAGUGCCAUAGUGAACCUGAUGGACCUGGGGUAGCAGCGUUAACUAGUGAGGAGCGAACUCGAUGGGCUAAGGCACGAGAAUAUUUGAUUAGUCUUAAUCCAGAGAACUUGACUAUGUUAGAAAAAAUUCAGAGCAGUUUACUGGUAUUUUGUUUAGAUGACGGCAGUCCACAUGUAACACCGGAAGAUUAUUCUCAGGUUGCUACAAAGGUUCUUGCUGGAGAUCCAACAGUACGCUGGGGUGACAAAUCUUAUAACUUGAUUUCCUUUUCUAAUGGAGUAUUUGGCUGUAAUUGUGAUCAUGCUCCUUAUGAUGCAAUGGUUAUCGUAAGCAUCAGCUAUUAUGUUGAUCAGAAAAUUUUUGAGAGUGAAGGAAGAUGGACGGGUUCAGAUAAAGUACGGGAUAUACCACUUCCAGAGGAGCUUGUUUUCACUGUGGAUGAAAAAGUAUUAAAUGACAUCAACCAAGCGAAAGCUCAAUAUUUCAAGCAGGCAUCUGAUCUGCAGCUUUUGGUCUAUGCCUUUACGUCUUUUGGCAAAAAGCUAACCAAGAAGAAGAAGCUUCACCCUGAUACCUUUGUUCAGCUGGCACUUCAGCUGGCCUAUUAUAGACUUCAUGGACGCCCUGGUUGCUGCUAUGAAACAGCUAUGACAAGAUACUUUUAUCAUGGCCGUACAGAGACUGUGCGAUCAUGUACGGUGGAAGCAGUCAGAUGGUGCCAAUCCAUGCAGGAUCCUUCUACCAGUCUUUUUGAGCAGCAGCACAAGAUGUUAGAAGCUUUUGCAAAACAUAAUAAAAUGAUGAAAGAUUGUUCAACUGGAAAAGGAUUUGACCGUCAUCUGUUAGGUCUCUCACUCAUAGCAAAAGAGGAAUGUCUCCCUGUUCCAGAACUCUUUACAGACCCACUUUUCUCCAGAAGUGGAGGAGGUGGAAACUUUGUUCUCUCAACAAGUCUGAUUGGUUAUUUAAGAGUCCAGGGAGUGGUGGUUCCCAUGGUACACAAUGGCUAUGGAUUUUUCUAUCAUAUCAGAGAUGACAGGUUACAUUUACCUAAUGUGAGCAAUAAAUCAUAUUUCAUAUGUGAACAGCCAGAUGGAAUAAAGGUUUAUUGUGGCCUGUACAGCCUGGAAAUCAUGUCCAGAGACUGAUGCAGAAAAGCUAGUUCAGCAGACUUUCCGUGCUUUCAGUGAUAUGAUGCAACUGAUGGACAUUGCUCAUCUUUAGAGACUAAUCAUUUAGUAAGCACUUAACAAAACUGGAUGCUGGGAGUGGGUUGGUGAUGUGAGACAGGAAGAGAUGUUGACUGAAGGAAACUUGUUGAAUGUAGAAAUUAGUAGAAUUAUGCUCUCUAAAUUUAUUCUGACAUAGAAAGUAGAAAUAUUUUUAAGCUUCCUCUGAUGCAGCAGCAAUGCAAAUUAUGACUAUAGAACUAUGCAAACUUGAAGGUUAGCCUCAACAAUGCAAAUCUGCAGAUUUUAACAAUGCAAAUCUAACGUUUAAAUAUCUUUGUUGGUACCUAUAUAGGUAAUAAAUCUUCUCUCUGAACAUCCUCAUAGACUCUAUCUUUCAAGCACUUUAACAUUUUCUAGUUGCCAAAGGAUAUGAAAUACAUGAUUGGAUGCUAAUUUCCCUGAAAUCAAUGAUUCCACAUUCACCACAGGGAUAUAAGUCUACUAUGUUUGGGAGAGACCACUACAAUUUAGUCUAAAAAAAGUUUAUGUUGAACAGACAAAAGAAUUCGGUUGUAGUAAGGAGGUUUAGACCCACUGACAUACAUGAAAAACCCUAAAAAAAUUUAUUAUAGUAUAUUGUUAUAAUUAGUUUUGUGAAUAUGAAAUUAAAGCAUUUAUAUUUAAAAUCAGUGACUUUAAAAGGAUUAAAUACUAAAUCAGAUUGUCAGGAUUUAUUUUUCCUUUGUUCUGUUUUAUAGUUUCUAUUCUCAGAAAAUAAAAUUCUCAAAAUCAUAUAGCUUCUUGUUUAGUGUUUUAGUAAGUGCUUCAUUCCUGUUUGACCUUGUACUUUCUGAUCAGUUAUGUAUUGUGUAAUAAACCAUGCAAAACCUACUGUCUUAUGAUCAUUUCUCGUGACUGUGUUA